AAACUACGUAAGAUCGACCGGAACUGGAACUCAUUCCUUUCCUUCUCUCUUCCUCUGCUGAAAAGGAGUCAAAAUGGCAUCAGCCCACCUGCAGUGGAUGGUCAUCAGGAAUGCCUCCAGUUUCCUUAUCAAGAGGAACAAACAGACCUACAGCACUGAGCCAAAUAACCUGAAGUCCAGGAAUGCUUUCCGCUUCAAUGGUCUCAUUCAUCAGAAGACUGUUGGCGUCGAGCCGGCCGCUGAUGGCAAAGGUGUGGUCGUCGUCCUGAAGAAACGUGCAGGUCAGCGUAAACCUGCCACCUCAUACGAGAAGAUCACCAUCAACAAGAACUCUCGCGCCACCCUCGCCAGCGUGAGGAACAUCAUCCGCAAAAAUAGAUACAGGAGGGACCUGCGCACGGCUGCUCUGAGACGUGUGAGCGCCAUCCUGAGGAGUCAGAAGCCUGUGGUGGUGAAGAAGAAGCGCACCAGGGCUCCCAAGAGUUCAUAAAUAGUUGCAUAUACAGCUUUUGACUUAAUAAAAUGCUUUUGGUCAAACUUU